AUGUUUGCAGGUGCCUGUACAUGGGGGGCAUAUGAUAUCUGCCCUGGCUGGGGCAGUUGUUCGGCAAACUGUGGGGGAGGAACGAGGUCGCGAGUCUGCGAAUCGUGCUUCUGGAAGAUAGACAAAACGUUCACAGAAAACUGCAACGAGUUUUGCAACAACGGGGGCACAUACAGAAGCGGCGGUUGCAGUUGUUCAUCGUGGAGAUCAGGAAAAUGUUGUGAGACGUGCCGCCACAUCACGAUCGCGAACUGUAAAAACGGUGCCCAGGCGUGUGGAGGAAGUCCGGACGCCAUCCGGUGUACUGACUGCAUCAAGCCCUACAAGACUGAUGGACAAGGACGAUGCGUCCGUAUUCCGUGCAGCGAACAAAAUGGGAUGUGCGAACACACAUGCCUGGUACAACGGGGAACACCAAUAUGCCUGUGUAAUGUUGGUUACAAACUGUCCAACGACAGCUAUUCCUGCAUCGAGGUGAAUGAAUGCGAACAAGAUGUUUGUGAACAAACCUGCACCAAUACGCCGGGUUCGUACACUUGUGGAUGUCAGCCAGGAUAUCUGCUGCAAAAGGAUGGAUGGGGCUGCAUAGAUAUAGACGAGUGUUUAAAUGAAACCGGUUGUGAACAUGAGUGUUCUAAUAAUGAAGGCUCCUUCCAUUGCGAAUGCUACAGCGGCUUCAAACUGUUGGCGGAUGGCGAAUCUUGUGAAGAUAUAAAUGAAUGUGAUUGGCUCAAUGGCGGGUGUGAACAUUUCUGCACGAACACGGAGGGAUCGUUCCUUUGUUCCUGUCAGGAAGGAUAUGGUUUGAACAACGGCACAACUUGCGAGGAAAUAGAUGAAUGUGAAAUUGGAACGUCUAAAUGUUCACAAAAGUGUACAAAUACAGCGGGAAGUUAUGUAUGCAGCUGUCAACCAGGUUACUUCCUCGAUACAGAUGCGUUCAAUUGUAUAGUAUUUCUGGAUUAA